AUGAGCGUAUUCCUGGAGUGGAAUAGCAAGGAUUUUCUUAAUCAAAGAUUGCACAAACCUGAAGGAAAUGUUCCGAUCCUGCCGCGAGGAUACCACACUUUCCCAUUCAAAUUCCAGUUGCCUGAGAGCUCCCUGCCGUGUUCGUUUGAGAGCAAGAGUGGCACAAUACGAUACUACAUAAAGGUCACGGUGGAUAUUCCUUACGCUUCGCCUCCUCAGGGCAUGAAAUACUUCACGAUCAUCGGGCCGCACAUUGAUUGUAUGGACGAGCAGUACCUGAAACCGAUGGUAGGACACGACAAGCGCUCCCUCUGUUGCCUCUGUUGCAAAAGAGGGCCCGUUUCCCUCAGAACGCAGCUUGAGAGGACAGCCUACGUGUGCGGCGAAAGCAUCAAGCUCAAAGCUGACAUUGACAACCAGAGCGAGGAGGAGAUUAAGCUGAAACUCAAGCUUGUACAGUACGUGGAAUACUUCAUAGACCGGGGAGUCCUCGGCGUGACGAAGGACAUCCAGCAUCCAGUCCUAGAGUACACGGGGGAUGCUGUUCCUGCCGGGACGAGGUGGAAGUUCGACUCGUCCCACAGCCUGGUCGUGCCUGUCAUGCCGCCGACGCUGGUGGGCGUGUGUAGACUGAUGCAGAUUUACUAUGUGCUUAAGGUUAACAUUCAGAUGAGCAGAUCUGGCGAGGAUUUACACAUGCACUUUCCAAUCACCAUCGCCACCGUGCCGUUUCGAAUCCCCAAUUCCACACACCAACCUAACAUCACUUACAGCGUGUGCUGCGACCACGUGGAGGGCGGCCUGUACAUCGGCCCCGAGUUCCAGCUGGGCCAAGUCUACGACGGCGGCGUCGACAAGAACGCCGAGUCGGUCCUGCUCUACCGCCCCGUCUACGCCUGCAUCCCCAACCCCAAGCUCAACAACACGCCCUCCGCCCGCGCCCGGCUGCUGGUGGAGCCCAAGGCGGAGACCGGGCCUGCUGGAGGGGCGGCCGGAGGCAAGAAGAACGCCAAGAGGGCUUCCGCGGGUGACUCGGGGGACAAGACGUCGACCAUGUGAUGCCAAGCGAGAUACUAAGAAUGGCGAUUGUUCUUUUUCGUGUGACGGUUGGUUGGUGGAAAGUUUAAGUAAAGAGAGAAAGGAAAUGUAGGAAAAAGUUAAAAAAAAAAUAUAUAUAUAUAUAUGAAUAUAUAUAAAAGAGAUUAUUUUUUUGACGAAUGAAGGAGCCCCAGUCGAUAUGUAGCGGCGAUAGAGAUAGCCUUGUUGGACUAUUUUGUAAAAAACAAAUAAAUAAAUAAAGAUAUACGUGUGGUUGGCGACUUGUAAAGACAAUAAUUUUCCCUGCAGUGGACCGACUUCGUUCCCGGAGUGCGGGCAAGGAAACAAAUAAAGACUCAUAUGUAUAGCCACGUCACAGUAUCACGUCGAUUAUACUGUAAAACCUUUCUGUUUCUCCGAGUCAGUGUCCCACACGAUUAAGAAUGGAAAAUACUGAACUCCGGAAUUACGCGAGUGAAAGAAGAGGUAUUGUGUACCUAUAUACUGUGAAAAAAUACUAUUGCAGGUGAAUAAUGCCGAGGGACCUUAGGAUGUGGGAAACGUACUUAAAGACAGUAAUGAUUAUAGUAGAUGUUAAGCGUAAGGUGUCCAUGGAAUUCGUCUUUAGGAAAUGUGCGAUUGUGUAUGUCUAACCGUAGAAAAAAACAUAUUUAACGAAAGCAAAUAAAAAUAUGAAGAAAAUGAUUAGAAAAAAAGUGAAUACUCAAAAAACGCCCUCAUUUUAAGAGAUGGUGAAGAACAAAAAUUAUUUACAAUCAAACGGCGUUUUCGUGAGCAUGAUGAUUAUAGUCACAUAAGUAACGUAGUGAUAUAUACAAUUAUUUUCCAUGUUUGCAUAGAGAGCUAUUUAUGAAUACUAAAAUAAAUAAAUAAAUACAUAAAUAAAAUAAAUAAAGUCAAAACAAAAACAAAAAAAAAACUCUUUGUACUUUUGAUAAACAGCGUAGAUUAGAACUUACGAAGAAACAGAAGAAAAAUAUGAAGAUUAUGACCUUCAAUCAAGAUGCUGAGAGAUGCUGUGAAAUGUCUCCGAGAUUUGCGCGUUCCAGAAUUCCCACGAGAGAGAGACAUUGUCGCAAAU